UGCCACAUUGUGACGUCAUUGUUUGUUGUAUUUUCUAUUUUGAUUGUUUUUGAAGUUUUUGAUAAGGACUUAUCUUGGAAAGUUUACACGAUUUUAUGAACGAAUACUUGAAAAAUAGAAAUCUGAAUAAAAUGCAAUAAAUCUAGCGUGUUUUGGUAAACGAUCGAAGGUUUUACAAGGUAAUUAGGUCUAUUUCUUUCAGACUUUGAUAUUUUUACAUUUAGCCAGUACAUUAAAUGCAGUUCUAACAUCAGUUCAUUUCAUUGAGACUCAGACUGAAAGUUGGCAAAAUCAAAAGGACCAAGGAAUAAGACACUCUGAAUGAUGAUAGAUGUUGGUGGUGCACGUCGUAUCUAAUCUAUCAAUGAAGAUACACUCGCAAUAAUAAUCACAUACUUAUUAAAAAAUAAGAAUGUCUCGUAUAAAUAUUCUAGCUUUAAUUCUAAAGCAUCAUAAAUUUAAGCUAUUCCUUUUAUUUUUAACUCUUUUAGUAUUAUUUAAUAGCCUUUUAUAUACUCAAUUCUUUACGGUAUUCGACGUUAUCCCUCAGAACAAAGUAUUCUCCAAUCUAGUCUUCGAUACAAAUCGUAACAGCACUUCCGUCAACUGCACUUUUCAUACUAUUGAUUCGAGUAGUAGAUUGCAUUACCCCGACACCAACGUACCAGACGAUCUAAACUCUUGGGCCAAAAAUCUCAACAUUACUGCAGGAGAAUGGAAACCUCACGAUUGCGUCGCUUUGUUUUACGUCGCCAUCGUAAUACCUUACCGGAACCGCGAAGAGCAUCUGAAAAUCUUCCUUUACAACAUCCAUCCUUUUCUACAAAACCAAAACAUACAUUAUCGAAUCUACGUUAUCGAGCAAUCAGACCCUCUGAAUUUCAAUCGAGGCAAAUUAUUCAAUAUCGGAUUUGUCGAAGCUCUAAAAGAUCACCCAUAUCCUUGUUUUAUAUUCCACGAUAUCGAUUUACUGCCUCAAAAUUACGAUAAUAUCUACGCUUGUACGCGUUAUCCUCGUCAUAUGUCAUCCAGCAUCGACAAAUUCCGAUAUCAGGUUCCUUACGAUCGUAAUUUUGGCGGAGUUGUUGCCAUUUUGAGCGAACAAUUUCGUCUAGUCAACGGAUUCGCCAACUCUUUUUACGGAUGGGGUGGCGAAGAUGACGAUUUCUUUAAUCGUGUACGAAUAUCUGGUCUUCGAGUGAGUAGAUUCGCUCAAGAGGUAUCUCGAUAUGCAAGUUUGCCUCAUCAACAAGCUGAGCCGGCUGACGAUCGUGUCGAUAAACUGAACAGAGGAAUAUAUUCUUAUUCUAAAGAUGGUCUCAAUUCAUUAAGGUAUCUAGUUGCUUCUAAGAUUUUUAAUAUUACUCAUGUUCAUAUAUCAGUUUAUACUUGAAUUUUUCUCUAUACUUAAUUGUGUACUAUUUUGUAAAACGUCUGUGAUUUUAAUAUAAUUUUCG